AUGGCAACGGUCCGUGCAUUUUCCUCUCUCGCUACCUGCAUUCGUCCCUCACGAUUCCUGCAUUUGCCCCUCUCUCCCCAUCCCUUCGCCGCUCUCGCUCCCUGCAUCUGUCCCCCCUGCUCGCUCCAUUCGCCCCUCCAUUCCCCAAUCCCGCUCCCUCCGUUCGACUCUCUCCCCCAAUCGGCCCCCCCACGCUUCCUGCAUGCGCCGCUAUUGCUCCCUGCAUGCGCCUCUAUGGCUCCCUGCAUGCGCCUCUAUUGCUCCCUGCAUGCGCCUCUAUUGCUCCCUGCAUGCGCCUCUAUUGCUCCCUGCAUGCGCCUCUAUUGCUCCCUGCAUGCGCCUCUAUGGCUCCCUGCAUGCGCCCCUCUCGCUCCCUUCAUGCGAAUGUGCUCAACUGCUCCCAUGCGUGACCAUGAUGGGGGGCUGCACGGGUCAUCUCCAGAGGCGCUCAUCCACGUGUGGUGGGCCUGCAGGGGUCGAGUGCCAGAGGCGGUCAAAGCGGCCGGGUCGAGUGCCAGAGGCGCUCAAGGCGGCCGUGAGCGACCCUCCCAUCGCCAAAGCCUCUCCCCGCCCUGCCUCCCGCCCCGUCCUCCCCCCCCCCCCUCUCCCCCCCUCCUUCCCCUGCGUGCACGGCGCUUGCCCUGCAGGGGUCGAGUGCCAGAGGCGGUCAAAGCGGCCGUGAGCGACCCUCCCAUCGCCAACCCUUCUCCCCCCCACCUCCCCCCACCUCCCCCCACCUCCCCCUCCUCGCCCCCCGUUUCCCCCCCUCUCCCCGGGCGCAUGGGGCUUGCAGGGGUCGAGUGCCAGAGGCGCUCAAGGCGGCCAGGUCGAGUGCCAGAGGCGCUCAAGGCGGCUGUGAGCGACCCGCCCAUCGCCACCCCUUCUCCCCUCUUACCUUCUCCUCCCCUCCUGCGUGCUUGGAACCUGCAGGGGUUGAGUGCCAGAGGCGCUCAAGGCGGCCGUGAGCGACCCUCCCAUUGCCAUCCCUUCUCCUCCCGGCGCCUUCCCGCCUCCCCCUCUCUCCCCCCUCCCCCUUUCUUGGGUGCACGAGCCUGCAGGGGUCGAGUGCCAGAGGCGCUCAAGGCGGCUGUGAGCGACCCUCCCAUCGCCACGCGCGACCAAAAGUGCAAGGUAGAUGGUGCAGGAGGCCAACUGGGAGGUGGUGCAGCGGGACACCAACUGGGAGGUGGUGCAGCGGGCGCUGGUGCCGCUCCAUGCCACUCCGUGCAGCGGGCGCUGGCGCAAUCCUUUGCCUCAUUUGCCAAACCCCUUCCUUGUCGUGCCACUGCGUGCCCUGCUGUGCUGCUGAGGGGCGCGCAGGACGUUGACCGGGAGGAGGUGCAGCGGGCGCUGAUGCUCUCCUUUGACUCAGUUUUUAAAUCCCUUCCAUUUCAUUCCGUUCUUUGCCCUCCCAUGCAGGUGAGGGGCGAGCAGGACGUCAACUGGGAGGUGGUGCAGCGAGCGCCGGUGCCGCUCCGUGCCGCUCCGUGCAGCGGGCGCCGGUGCCGCUCCGUGCAGCAGGCGCUGGCGCAGUCCUAUUCUUCAUUCACAAAUUUCCUUCCACUCGUUGCCCUCCCGUGCGAGCAGGACGCCAACUGGGAGGUGGUGCAGCGGGCGUUGGUGGCAGUGGAGGAUGUGGAUGGGGCCAUUGCAGGAUGGGUGAGUCGACUCACAAGUCAGAGCGCUGGUGGCAGUAGAGUGGAGGACGUGGAUGGGGCCAUUGCAGGGCUCAAGUCCGAGGGGUGCGACACGCUCAUGCGAGUCGACUCAAAACUUGGCGCGCUGGUGGCGGAGGAGGAUGUGGAUGGGGCCAUCGCAGGGUACCUGUACCGAGCGCUGAGGACGGGGGAUGCAUUGCUGUGUGCUCCUUCACCCCACUCUGCCGUGCCCCCUGCACCCCGCCGUGCCCCCUGCACCCCGCCGUGCCCCCUGCACCCCGCCGUGCCCCCUGCACCCCGCCGUGCCCCCUGCACCCCGCCGUGCCCCCUGCACCCCGCCGUGCCCCCUGCACCCCGCCGUGCCCCCUGCACCCCGCUGUGCCCCUCCUCCAUACUCACGUGCCCCCCCACAUGA